AUGGCAAGUAUCAACUCAGCGAGCUUACCGGGCAUGAACUAUCUCGCCCAGUUGCCCAUAGACGGGAACCCGACUGUGCACCCCCGUAAGCAUCUCCCAAUGCCUCUUUCUACCAUCUAUCCCCGGCUCGCCACUUACAGCCUGUACCCUCUAGUGAGGCAGCCCCCAGAGACCAAUUUGCCCGAUAUUGGCUAUCUCGCCAAGUGGUCUGUCUCCUCCUUCAAAUUUGGCUUUGGGCCGGAGUGUCUACGUGACAGCGAUCCCGAGACCUUUUGGCACUCGGACGGUCCACAGCCGCAUUUCAUCACUAUCGAGUUUCCUCGUAAGGUUGCCAUCCAGAAACUGUGUCUCUGUCUGAGCUACCAGAUGGACGACUCCUACACGCCAGCCACCAUAGCCGUACGCGCCGGCACCGGUCCAAGCGACCUUCAGGACGUUAGGAUUAUCACACUUGAGAAGCCGGAAGGUUGGAUUAUAUUUGACGUAUCUGCGGAGCCAAAUGAGGAUGGGGACGGAUAUAAACCUGUCAACGCGUACAUUAUCCAGAUGAUCAUUCUCGCUAACCACAUGAACGGAAAGGAUACACAUGUCCGUGGCUUACGCGUUCUUGGACCUCUCGACGAAUCUGGAGAGGAAGAAGAGGACCCGUUCCCCUUCGUCUCUCCACAGUUCAAAAUGUAUGAAUGCAUCCGCUAA